AUGGCAAUCCGUGUUCAACCAUUACGUGAUCUUGCCAAAAUUCAACACUACUAUGGAUUCAGGUAUCUUUUAAAUCCAGGAGUUCAUGAGAAGAUAUUUGAUAAACUUGACCUUCCUCAGACUUACCAAGAUACUUCUAAAUUAAAGGUUUUGGAUCUGUACCCUGGCCCAGGCCAGCACUCAGCCAUAUUCCAUAACAGAUUUAAGCCCUUACAACAUGUGCUAAUGGAUGCGCGACCGGAUUUCGUGAAGCAUCUUCGCGGGCUGAGUUCUACACAGAAUGACAGUUUUCAGCUAUAUGGUAAGGACCCAUACGAAUGGCAGUCAUAUACAGACCUUAUAGACGUUGAGAAAAAAUUUGUACCGUCGAAGAGAAGUCUUGAUUCGAUUCAUGAUGAGUUUUUGGUCCUUGCGAAUCUUACCGGUAUGGUAGGAGAAGGAUUAUUUAUGCAAUGGCUGGCAUGCGUAGGAAAUAGGAACUGGCUUCAUCGCUUCGGAAGGGUAAAAAUGCUAGUAUGGGUCUUGGAGAGCACUGCCAUGAAAAUUCUUGCAAGGCCGGGGGACCAACUGCGUUCUAAGUGCUCAGUUGUGGCUGACACCUUUACUGAUACAAAAUUGGUAGCCACAAUGGAAACUAAGAACUUGCACAAGUUUGGCCAAGGGGUGAUUGAUUCCCACAAACCAGUUCUUUUCCCUGAGAAUGAUGUUUGGAUGCCCAGCGGUAAACCAAUUAGUCUGCUAGAAGUCAAUCCUUCUAAGCACAAUAUUGAUUUAGAUAACUUUGAUUACGUGACGAAGCACUUAUUAAUCUUGAGAAGCACGCCACUAUGUGAGGCUUUCGAGUCGCUGGGCCAUGGCGGAAGGGAUUAUUUCACUACGGUCAUCAAAGACAAGAAAUUUCUACGAAAGUGUCCAAAAGAAUUGACGUCUUCAGAAUUUUUAAUGAUAACUGAGGCAUUUGUGAAUUGGCCCUUCAAGCCCGAUAUAUAUAUGGACUUCAUUGAUGUGUUUCAAGACAAUGACUGA